AUGACAACAGUGGUCGGCAUCGACAUUGGCACCACGUCGGCCAAAAUUUGCGCGACGAUCGGGGACGAGUACGUUUCGUUUCGCAACUGGUUGCAAAACGUCUCUUGUUUCGAUUUUUUACAGAAUAAUCUGCGCGCUCAAACAAUGCUAUUCAGUGGAGAAGGAAAAUGAGAAUGAAAAUGAGAAUGGAGUUCAGAAUGCUCAAAUAAUUGUGAAAACUUCGAUGGAAUUGUUCGAGGUGCUUGUACAGAAUUCAUGUACAGAAUUUGUGCUACAUCAUGCUUUCAGAAUGUCAAAAAAGUCCUCGAAUCUCGAGAGCCUUCGAAAAGGAUUGACGAAGUUUGGGUGUGCGGUCAAAUGCACGGGAUUGUGUUGUGGAACCAAGAGUCUCUGACGACAGGUUUUCGUAGAUUCUUGUGUUGGAAGACCGUGCGUUUUCCAGACUCUCCGGUCACUUCUUCCCUCUACAACUGGACGUACAGUCCUCCAGACCAAUCCGAUUUCUUGUCAACUCUUCCCGAAUGGUCUUGCGGCCAAGUGCGUCCGGGAUUCGGUCUCGCCACUCUCGCCUACCUCUACCGAUCUGAACCCGAAUCGCUUAAAGUGUCUAAACAAUCGCCUCUACUUCUACCUUAAUUAUUGUUUUCAUUCUCAGAAGUACAAUCGUUGCGGCACCAUCAUGGACCUGUUCCUCGUCACUCUUCUCGUGUUGCAUUCAAGGGAGACGGCGGUGCCGAUGAGCCAUCACAAUGCUCACAGUUGGGGAUACUGUAGCAACGAGUGCUCUUGGCAGGCGGACAUUCUUCCGCUCCUGCCGCAUUGGAUCCAACUUCCAAUCAUUGUGAGGGACUGUCGGCGCGUGGUGAGCACUUUGAACGGUGCCAAGUGCCACGUGGCUUCCGGAGAUCUUCAAGCGUCCGUCGCUUCUUUGGACGUUUACGAGGAGAACACUGCUUGUGAGUUGUGGCCAAUAUUUGUGUACACCUUUGCACAAGACUAGACUACUGUAGCUCCCGGAAGUUUCGGCGUUUCAAAAAAAAACGAACAUAAAACUCUCAAGAGCUACAGUAAUCUUGUUCUACAAAAAUGAGGCCGUUUCAGACCUGAUUCUGGGCACUUCCGCCCAAUUGUGCUGCCUCGUAAAUCCAAAGGAGAUUCCCGAAACUUUGACCGAAAGUGUGGUCAAACUUCCGUAUUCGGAGAUCAAACAACUGAUGGCCGCGUGUUCGAUGAACGGCGGAAACGCGCUGGAGACCGUUCUCAAGCUGCACUCCAAUUCUCCCUAUUCCACCCAAAAACUCGCAAAUCUUCUCAAGGAUCUUGAUCGGAAUGGUAUCCAACAUUUUCCCCCGUUUUUCCGUUAACCCACUUUAUUUAGCUCCACCUCUUCCGUCGGAUCUCCGAAUCGAUCCGAUCUUCAUUCCGGAACGGGGCCUUUCCAAGAAGCCGUCCGUUAACGGAAUCUCCCCCGAUACUUCCGAUCUUCAGAUUCUCGAGGCCACUCACUUCGGAAUCAUCGAUAAUUUGUUCUCAAUGUACCCGGAAUCUCUUCUCAAAAGUCUCAAGAUCAGUUGUUUGGCUCUGGUCGGCGCCGCCCAAUCUGCUCGGUUCAAAAGGCAUAUCGAAGCGAUUGCGGGCAAAGAUUUCAAAUUGAUCUUUCCGAAAACGGAAAUCUCUACUCCCCUUGGCGCCACUCGAUUCUAG